AUGAUGUUGGAGCGGGGCCUGAUGAGAGAUGACCACGUUUCUCCCAUGGACGGCUGUGAAGGAGGGCACUUCAGUCUCAAGCCCGAUGAGCUGGAGUCUGAUGGUCAUGAGCUGACCAGGUGUCAGAGGUGUGGGAUUGGGACGUUGUGCCUGGUUCUGACCUGCUAUUUUCUUCCCAUGCUUUCCUUCAUCCCGCUCGCCCUCUUUGGUGGCGUGCAGACGCCCAGUCCAUGGCAGGGUCAGUACAACAAGGAUGCACCAGUGCCGGUGAUGCCCUCGAAGGAGAUGCCUUCCGGGCGAUGGUAUUGGAACUUGCCGCUGGUGUCAUUGAUCCUGGUUCUACUCCCUGCUGGCAUUAUUUUCACCAUGUACCAGUUGAAGAUGCGAUCUCUGCGACACGAGAUGGCACGGCCAUCUUGA